AUGGCCGUCUCUAUCUCUCAUUUCCUGCUCGUGGCUUCGGCGGUCGUGCUGGUAUCGGGACAGUUUGGGCAGAUUCCAGCGCCCAGCCCUCAUGCUGGUUGUACCGAGAGUUCGUUUUCCAUUCCGAGCUGGCUUAUCCAGAACGUGAAGUACACCGACGACAAUGUCACGUUCGAUCUCCAAAACCGGGCCACCAACAGCACUGCGAGCUUGGGCUGCCCGAGGAAGGAAAGCGGCUAUAACCCAUGCUCCAUCCAAGGGCCGCCGUCAUCCAACCUCACGCUGGGCGCGGCGGUACAAGUAGGCGAGACCUCGGCAACGUUCCUGGUGAAGGAGACUUGGACCUGCAGCGACCGUGGGAAAUCCUUGACAUUCAACGCAGCAGGGAACAACUCUGCUGCACUGAACUACACCUCACCAAUCCUCGUCAAGGGGUCCCUCUAUUCGCCCGUGGCCAUCACGCCCGCGUAUGCCGACGGGCCCAAGGGCCACGACUCGCCCGGAUGCACAGCCAAAUCGGAGAAGCCAUCCUGGGUGCUGUCGCUCAUCCACUUCACCGACGAACCGGGCGACGCCUCUACCGCGCCGUUCCAGAACUUCAACCUGAUCGUCACCAACCCGGCCACGGGGUACCAGGCCAGCUGCAUGCCCGGUGGCUCCUUUGGCGACACCCCGAAUCUGUCUCCCCUCGUAUGUGCCGGCGACGAGUUCCAGUCGUCCAGGGUUGGCCUGCACCCCAUCACGACGCAGGCAUCGUUCGAUCCGGUGACUUCAUCGUUCACGCUGAAUCAGACGUGGUUCUGUGAUGACACCGAUGCCGCCAAACCUCUCCAGAUCAACGCCGCGGGCAGCACCACCCUACCGCUACAAUGCACCACCCAAGAAGUCAACAACAACCGAACCAACAAAUACUGCACCGUCGACGGCGACGUGACACUCCCCGGCAAGCUCGGCACAGUCGUGACGCUCGCGCCAUACUCGCUCGAGGACCCGACCCCACAGUCGCGCGGCGACGGCUGCACGCUGACGUCCAUCUUCCACCCGGCCUGGCAGUUCAGCAACUUCGAGGUCACCACCAUCGCCGACGACCACACCAACUCCUCCUCCGUCGUCACCAGCUUCGAGGUGAUCCUGGCCGCCGAGAACCGCGGCUUCCAGUACCCGAUCCCCAUCUACCAGGGCCAAGCCCUAGGAGGAGGAGACGAUAAUGAUGAUGAUGAUGGCGGGUUCUUCCAGUGCGACAUUGGCGCGGAUGGUGGCAAUGACCUGCCGCUGUGGCCGUACCAGUGCAGGUUUAGGUAUGCGCCGGAGAGGAAGGAGCUGGUGCUGGAGGCCGAGUGGGCUUGUUUGGAUUUGGAUGGGGCGAAUCCGGUCAAAUUUAGCGGCGCGACGACCACUAUCAUCAACAGCUCGCUGACCUGCGAGACGGUCGAUGGCCGGUCGCGGUGUGCGACGGCCGAUCCUGGGUAUACCUGGGUUGCUGAAAUCGCGAAUGUCACUUGGGGGAAGCUGGAAUAA